GUUUCUAGCAUUUGAUUGCUCCAUAUUCCAUACUUACAAGUAUUUUACGCCAUAACUACAACUCCCAUAAUUCCGUGCGCGGAGGAGCGUGAUCUACGCGUGUAGACGGAGAACACGGACCAUGGCGUUGUACAGCUCUGAGGGACAGGUUAGCAUCUGAACAACACCUCCGGACCGACGCGUCUGACCGCUGCGACCCGCUGCCGGAAACCUCGGCAGGAUGGGUUCCCGAAUCAAGGAGAGCCCCGAGUCCACUUUUGAGGUGUAUCUGGAGGUUGCCCACCCAGGCACAAGCAGCUCUGGGCCAGAAGUGCAAAGGCAGUAUCCUGGAGACUACACAGAUCAGGAAACUCUUCACACUGUGCCCAAGUUCUGCUUCCCCUUCAGCGUGGACAGUCUGACAGUGAACCAGGUCGGCCAGAACUUCACAUUUGUGUUGACUGACAUUGACAGCAAACAGAGAUUUGGCUUUUGUCGGCUCUCCUCAGGAGCACACACCUGCUACUGCAUUCUCAGCUACCUUCCCUGGUUCGAAGUCUUUUACAAGCUCCUUAAUAUCGUUGCAGAUUACACCAUCAAAGGGCAGGAAAGCCAAUGGCACGAGUUCCUGGUGUCACUACAUACACUCCCCAUACCUGAGCCUGGAGUACCUGUUCAUCUUGGUGUGCAUUCCUUCUUCACUGUGCCUGACAUAAGGGAACUCCCCAGCAUACCUGAGAAUAGAAACCUAACAGAGUACUUUGUAGCAGUAGAUGUCAAUAACAUGCUUCAUCUGUACGCUAGUAUGCUUUUUGAACGCCGAAUCCUCAUCUGCUGUAGCAAACUAAGCACUUUAACUGCUUGUGUCCAUGGGUCUACAGCCAUGUUAUAUCCAAUGCACUGGCAACAUGUUUACAUUCCUGUCCUGCCUCAACAUCUAUUAGACUACUGCUGUGCCCCAAUGCCCUACCUCAUUGGAGUACAUUCCAGCCUGAUGGAAAAAGUGCGAGGGAUGGCUCUGGAUGAUGUUGUGGUCCUGAAUGUGGAUACGAACACCCUGGAAACACCCUAUGAUGACCUUCAAAGCCUACCCAAUGAUGUGGUCUCAGCUCUAAAGAGUCGUCUGAGGAAGGUUUCAACAACUACUGGUGACGAUGUGGCGCGAGCCUUCCUCAGGAGUCAGGUGGCUCUGUUCGGCAGCUACAGGAACGCUCUGCAGAUUGAGUCGGGAGAGCCAAUAACAUUUAAUGAGGAAACCUUUGUGAGCCAUCGUUCCAGUUCCAUGAGACAGUUCCUCCAGAAUGCCAUACAGCUGCAGCUCUUCAAACAGUUCAUUGAUGGCCGGUUGGACUUGUUGAACUCAGGAGAGGGUUUCAGUGACAUCUUUGAGGAGGAGAUCAACAUGGGCGAAUAUGCAGGCAGUGACAAGACCUACCACCAGUGGCUGUUCACUGUGAAGAAAGGAGGCGGGGCUAUCUUCAACACAGUGAAGACCAAGGCAAACCCAGCCAUGAAGACCGUUUACAAGUUUGCUAAGGAUCAUGCAAAAAUGCGUAUCAAGGAAGUCAAGAGCAGACUGAAGCAAAAGGAACAGGCAGAAAACGGCUUCUCCACAGCAGGGUCAGCGGUCAUUGAUGACAACACAGCAGGGUUCACUUCCUCCACCAGUGUGGUCAGCAGAGAGGGGCCGAUGAGAACCUUGGAUGACCACAGGCCGAUUACUGUGCACUUUGGACAGGCCCGGCCACCAAUGCUCUUGAAGAGACCAAGUAGCAAUUUGAGUCUGGAAAGCAGCGUUGACCACUCUAUCCGUCCUACUCGCCACUACACAGUCUUUCUCUCAGAGGAUUCGUCCGGAGACGAACUCCAGUACGACAACGACUCCAUCUCUGGUUUUCCUGACAGCUUUCUCUUCUCCGUCCCUUUUGAGUGGUCGCCUCUGCCACAGCCGUACCGCUCCCUGAAGGAAGCUGAGGCAAUGGAAGGGGAAAAUCCUGAUUUUGGGGCUGAGAGUCACACUGCCCCUUCCAGCCCAGUUAACGAGAGGUUCUCCAGUGUCAACCUACUGGGGGAUAUCUUCGGCUGCCAGGACGAGCCUGACAACCAACCAAUCACCUUGGCUAAAAGUCUUGAGGACCUGAGGACUACCAAAGAAUCUGAGGAGCUCCAGGCCAAGUUCACCUACCAGCAGAUGGACCUGAGCGUCUUCGAACACUCCCGAACGCUUCCAGGCUUCAAGCUGUCCAACCCUUACAACAAGCUGUGGAGUAUCGGCCAAGACGAAGCAGCCUUGCAUGUUUGUGUUCCUCCGUCCUCCAGCAGACCGGCGGUCCAACUCUCUGUGCAGAUGGAGUCCCACUCUCCCAACAGUGAAGGCUCCGGCCCGGGUCCCGACCCUUUGGACCCUUCCACCCCCGGUAACAUCACCAUUCCUCGCCCCCACGGAAGGAAGACGCCUGAGCUUGGUACUGUUUUAGCGCCCCAUGCAGCCCAGUUUUAUCCUAAACCGGCAGGAGCUGGUGGAGGGGCUACAUCAGGGGGACAAGAGUUCAGGCAAGCCCUGAGCAUGAGCACAGAUGGAGACCUACUGAAGCCCACCAAGGACAGUAUAGAUCUAAUAAGUCUUUUAGACCCUCUUAAUAGUUCAGCACCCUCCAGUUCCUCUUCAUUGAGUGACGUGGCAGAUAUUAGUGUGGCGUCAUCUUCCGACAAACCGACUCUGCCCCCCAGGUCUUACCCACAGGGCUUGCCCCCUUUCCCCCUGCAUCCUCCUAUAUCUCUUAACCCUUUCGCCCAGUCGCUACAGCAAACCUCCCCUCAAAUGCAUUAUUCACCGACUGUAAGUGGUAAUCCUUUCAGCGUGGUCUACGGACCUCCACCAGGCUCUUACUUGCACACAUCAGCCCAGCCACAGUCCUUUUCUACACUACCAGGGGUCUACAGACAGUAUUCACCAGGCAAUUCAACUCUGCCACCCGGCUAUGGACUGCCCCAGUCAGCCUUCCCCUCCUCACUCACCUCCCGGUCUCACUUUUCUGCCAGCAAUCACGCUCUUUCCAGUCAGGCAGACUCCAUUUCUGUCCCCAGUACAGCCAUGAAUAUACUGGCGAAGCCGCUUCAUGCUGAGGGACAAAGCCAGAAGACUCAGGAUCCUUUUGGGGAUCUGCUGUCUAUGGCCAAGCCAGCUACUCCCCCAAAAAAGAAGGUGGAAGACCUUCGGAGGAGGUGGGAAACAUUUGACUAGAACCUGUGAAUAUGAACUGAGGGGCCCCUCUCUCUCUGUCACUCGCCAAACGUCCCUCACUAAUGUAUCAGAACCUUCUAUUGUAUUAAACAACGCUCUAACACUCUAAUACAAGCUACUCUUCUUCUGCAACUCACAAGAUCAUCAUAAAAGAAUAAUUAAAAUGAGUUAAUUAUUUUAAUUUGAGUAAUUAUUAGCAUAUUAUUUCUCCUGCAAGCUAACAUCGAAGGUACUUUUAGUUUUGUCUUCAAACAACACAACAUAGUGAGUCCUCUCAGCUCACUCUUUGUUUGGCUGCACUGUUCAUUACUCCAGGUGUAUCUGCUGACCAGAGGUUGAUGCAGGUGUCUUUGCUCUUGCUAUUACCACCAGUAACCACAAAUCAACCAGGACUGAAAUCUCAAAGAUCAUAACUUAAAAUAAAUAGCUUUUAUUGCCAAAACACAGGUUGUCAUUGGUAUAUUCAUAUUUGUAACUUUUUUUCUUUUUUUGGUUUUCUUCGGCUCCUGUGCUGUGCACAUGGAGUAUAUUUU